CAAACCAAACCAACCCCACUUUCUCUGCUUCAUCUUCUUCACAUAAACCUGCCCAAGUCUUGUGGAAUGACGGACUAUCAGUUACCACCCACCAUGAAUCUUUGGACCGACGAUAAUUCAUCUGUUAUGGAAGCUUUCAUGACCUCUGAUCUUUCUUCUAUUUGGCCUCCGCCUCUAUCCUCAGCAUCCACUUCCACUUCCACACAUCCUGCUCCUGCUCCUGUUCCUGCUGCUCUCAACCCUUCAAACUUCUCCCUUAAUCAAGAGUCUCUUCAACACCGUCUCCAAGCGCUCAUCGAAGGGGCUCGCGAGAGCUGGACUUACGCCAUCUUUUGGCAGUCUUCCUACGAUUACUCCGCCACUACCGUACUUGGUUGGGGCGAUGGGUAUUACAAAGGAGAAGAGGAUAAAGGGAAAGCUAAGUCCAAAGCAUCUUCUUCUUCUUCUCUCGCGGAACAAGAGCACCGGAAAAAAGUGCUUAGAGAACUUAACUCCUUGAUUUCCGGAUCCGCGGCUCCAUCCGACGAUGCCGUCGACGAAGAAGUCACCGACACCGAGUGGUUCUUUUUGGUUUCCAUGACCCAGUCUUUCGUCAACGGCAACGGGCUUCCCGGACAAGCCUUUUUCAAUUCGAGUCCGGUUUGGGUUGUGGGGUCAGACCGACUUGCGAGCUCCAUGUGCGAGAGAGCGAGGCAAGCCCAGGUUUUCGGUUUGCAGACGAUGGUUUGUAUACCGUCGGCAAGUGGAGUUGUUGAGUUAGGUUCAACGGAAGUUAUCACGCAAAGCUCAGAUCUGAUGAACAAGGUCCGGGUUUUGUUUAAUUUCAAUGCUGGAAUUGAAGAUGGUUCUUGGUCCGCUGAUCAAGGAGAAAAUGAUCCUCCUUCACUUUGGAUUAGUGAUCCAAAUCCUGGGGUCGAGCUCAAGGAAAGCAAUAACAACAACAAUAGUAGCAAUCAGCAGAUUCAGAAGUCGCCUCAGUUCUGUGACAACCGCAGUUCCAGUAGUUUAACCGAGAAUCCCAGUUUCAUUCCUACUGUAAAUCAGCAGCAGAAUCAUCCGCAGGGGCAGAGUUUAUGCUUGAAUUUUUCGGAUUAUGGCUUUGAUGGGAGCAGCAGUGUGAGGAAUGGAAAUUCGUCUUCUCAUUUGUUGAAACCAGAAGCCGGGGAGAUUUUGAAUUUUGGUGAGAGUAAGCGAACUGGGAAUAGAAAUUUGUUUUCAGGGAACUCUCAGUUUUUGGUGGAGAAUAAGAAGAGGUCGUCUACUUCAAGAGGGAACAAUGAAGAAGAGAUGCUUUCGUUUACUUCAGGCGUAAUUUUGCCUUCUGGUGUGGUGAAAUCAAGUUGGGGUGCUGGUGAUUCAGAUCACUCCGACAUCGAAGCUUCUGUCGUAAAGGAGGCCGAUAGUAGUAGAGUUGUGGAGCCGGAAAAGAGGCCUCGAAAACGAGGGAGAAAGCCGGCAAAUGGAAGAGAAGAGCCUCUGAAUCAUGUCGAAGCAGAGCGUCAAAGAAGGGAGAAGCUUAACCAGAAGUUCUAUGCCCUGCGUGCCGUGGUUCCUAACGUGUCGAAGAUGGAUAAAGCAUCACUCUUGGGUGAUGCAAUUUCAUAUAUCAACGAGCUCAAGUCAAAGCUACAAAAUGCAGAUGCGGAGAAAGAUGAGUUGCACAACCAUUUAGAGGCAAUGAAGAAGGAAUUGUCAUGUACAGCACCACCAACACAUGAUCAAGAACACAGGAUGUCUAACCACCUUGCCAGUAAACUGAUAGAUUUGGAGAUUGAUGCGAAAAUUAUCGGAUGGGAUGCAAUGAUCCAAAUCCAAUGCAGUAAAAAGAACCAUCCAGCAGCAAGGUUAAUGUUUGCCUUGAAGGAGCUAGACCUGGAAGUGCACCAUGCCAGUGUAUCAGUAAUGAAAGACUUGAUGAUCCAACAAGCCACUGUGAAGAUGGGGAGUCGAUUUUACACGGCGGAGCAGCUAAAGAUUGCCCUAACAUCGAAGCUUGGAGAUGGAAGAUAGAGAGUAUUGAGCAGAGCUUGAUCUGAAACAAGCAAUUGGGAUCA